AUUAGCUGUUUUGUAUGGUUUAGGAGAGAAAGUGAUAAAAUAUGAGUAAACAAAACUGAUGUGGUGUCUCUUGAUUUAAUUUUAAAAAGCUUAGUGGAUCUGAACACUAUUUAAUUGCCCCCCCGGUAACGCUCCAAAUUUGUCCUAAAACACAAGAUGGAGUACCUAAGUUCCAUCCUCCUCCUUGUGUUGACAUUCAUUCUCACACAAGCUGUGUAUUCAAGAAUCACAGGCAGCACCAAACCAAAGUACAAGCUUCCACCAGGACCAUACCCUCUCCCCAUCAUUGGAAACAUCCUUUCACUUGGCCAAAAGCCCCACAAGUCCUUAGCCAAACUCGCCAAGGUUCAUGGCCCCAUCAUGAGCCUAAAGCUUGGUCAAGUAACCACCAUAGUUAUCUCUUCACCUGACAUGGCCAAAGAAGUUCUCCUCACCCACGAUAACUCUUUGUCGAACCGAGUCAUUCCGCAAGCACUUGAAGUCCACGAUCUCCACAAACACAGCAUAACUUUCCAACCGAUUUCGCCUCUAUGGCGAAACCUGCGGAAGAUAUGCAAGGACCAGUUGUUCUCCAACAAGAGUCUCGAUACGAGUCAAGAUCUCAGACGAGAAAAGAUGAGGGAGCUCGUUGAUGAGAUCCACUGUUGCGGCCUGGCUGGCGAGGUGGUGGACCUCGGGAAAAUAACUUUUAAAACAGCGAUAAACAUGUUGUCGAACACGGUUUUCUCGGUGGAUUUGGUUCACUCUCAAGGUUCAGCUGGGGAUUUCAGGGAGACGGUGAUGAGGCUGUUGGAAGAUACUGGGAAGCCAAACAUGGCUGAUUUCUUCCCUGCAUUGAGGAGGCUUGACCCGCAGGGUAUCAAGAGUCGAAACUCUUUUUCCAUUGGGAAGAUGUUGGAGAUCUUAGGUGGUUUGAUUGAUCAACGGGUGAAGCUUCGACAACUCCAAGGUUUUGACAACAACAUGGACAUGUUAAAUACCUUGCUUAACAUUGCUCAUGGGAACAACCAAGACAUGAAUCCAGCUGAAAUUGGACAUCUAUCUGUGACUUUAUUUGCUGCCGGAACGGACACAAUUACAUCUACACUAGAAUGGGCAAUGGCAGAACUACUCCGAAAUGAAAAUGCAAUGUCAAAAGUAAAACAAGAGAUGGAGCAAAUCAUUGGCAAAGGUAAACUUGUUGAGGAAUCAGAUGUUGCUAGGCUUCCUUAUUUGCAAGCAGUGUUAAAGGAGACUUUCCGUUUGCAUCCUCUAGUCCCACUUUUAAUCCCUCGGAAGGCCAAUGAAACUGUGGAAAUUAGUGGCUACACAAUCCCCAAAGAUGCAACCAUCCUAGUUAAUCAGUGGGCUAUGGGAAGAAACUCAAGCGUUUGGGAAAAUGCAGAGUUGUUUUCACCAGAAAGGUUCGUAGGCUCUGAAAUUGAUAUCAAAGGCCACCAUUAUCAGCUUACACCAUUUGGUGGUGGGCGUCGAAUUUGUCUUGGCAUGCCACUAGCAAUAAGGACAUUGUAUUUGAUGUUGGGCUCAUUGAUCAAUUGCUUCAACUGGAGACUUGAAGAUGGAUUGACCAUAGAUGAUAUUGACAUGGAAGACAAAUUUGGGCUAACCUUAGUAAAGGCUCAACCAAUGAGACUCAUUCCACAUAAAAUAAGCAAUUAAAAUAUUAAAAAAGUUUCACAUUAUGGAAUAUAAUAAAGUAGCGGCUCAAGUGUUUCAGUCACUUAGACUAUAUAUGUAUAAACUAUAAAGAGCCAUAUUGUGAUGUAUGCAGUGUAUGAUUAGUGAAGAAAAUAAAUAAAUAAUGUCCUUCAUACCCUAAA